AUGACCAACCCAACUCUCCGCCGAGAAGUAAUUAACAUCUACAAACGCCGUUCCUACCCCCUAGGCUACGCAUACUUCCAACCGCGGUUACACAAAGCAUUUAUGGGUAAUGCGGGAAUGAGCGACGAGGGGGAGAUUAGGAGGGGGAUUGCGAGGGCGGAUUUCGUAAGGAAAGGUACGGAUAUCUCUGUAUAA